GCGAUCUGCUUGAAAUUGGUCAUACAUGUUAACUAAAUACAUUUAGAAUACAUUCGAGUGACGACAAUUCGUUGACGUUACGUGCGUGUGGUGAGAGGAGGAUAUGUGUAAAGGAAGCACUGAUUAUGUCAGAUGAAGGGAGAGGGACGCUUUGGUCGAAAUUCGAUUCUCUUCCGAAUAAGUUGUUGCAAUUCUUUUCACGAGAUUCAGAUGGUAAGGAUAAAGUUGUUGCUGAAAGUGAACAACACAUUGUGGAUAAUUCCAACACUAGUGGUUGGCAGCGACUGAGAAAUAUGUAUAUUAAUAAAGAUGUGCAUUUUGAAACAAGUAUAUUGGUGCCAUGUAUGGAAUGGACAUUUGUUGGUACAGUACUACUCACAGGUCCUCUAGGAUGGCAAAGAGCUGCUGACCGUUAUAAUCGUUAUGCGAGAGGGCGAAUAUUUCUUAGUCCACGUGACGCAUUGAGACGUAAAUGGGAUUAUGCAUUCGCAUCAUUUUUACGCAUGGGAGCAAUUAACGGUACUCUGGCAGCAUUAUACGUUGGAUGUAUGGUAGCAGCGAUCACACACGUUGCAGCAUGGCGUGACCAUUUUUCACUUUGGACAGUUCCCGUUAUAACAACUUCACUACCUUUUAUAAUUGCAUAUCCACUUGGUUUGCGAAAAAUGGUGCAAACAGCAAAUCUAGGAUUAGCGUGCGGGUUGACACUGUCGUUGAUCGUGUUUAGUGCAUCAUAUUUUUCCAAUCAGACGAUAAACGAAACUUAUCAACAGUUCAAACGAGAACAUGAAUUGAUGUUGAGGGCUGAACGAAUUAGGGACGAAAAUCUUAAAAUAUAUCAAAAAGAGCACAAAAUUUGGCCCAAAAGUUUGGCAAAACUUAUGAUGGAUAAGGAUAAAAAGUUAGAGAAUGAAAUUUCUGAAAAUCCCUCUAAAUAAAAACUCUGGUAACACUAUGUCUACAAACGAUGUAUGUUCAUGCGUUCAUCUUCAUUCGUCGAUGCAUUUCCUUUAAAUAUUUUUAUGAACGGUUUGGUUCUUCUAUAUCUACCAAUAUAUGUUGAGACUGUGGCAUUUGGAAAUAUAGUUAUACCAAGUUGUUAGUGCUACCUUGGGUAAGUUUGCAAGAACAAAGUGUCUCUUUUUAUCAUCAUUUCCACUUCCUUUUUUUUUUGUUUGUCUCUUCCUCUCAGUCCUUUUCCCACGCUUCUCAAGAACUCAGCUUUACGGACGAACCGGACAAAUAUCCGAUUGUCACCCUGUGUUGGAAAACCGAGAAACUUGUAUUUAUAAUUUAAAUAUAAAGCGCUUUUUGAAAUUUGCUGAGGUAAGAUUGUUGUUUAUGCCGUUGUCCUCACAUUGUCAGGCUUGCCGUUGUAUGGUACUGCAACAUGUAUAUUCUUUGAUCUUAUAUGCCGCUUCUUGCAUAUAUGUUGUUAUUUAUCAUUCUAAUAAUCUUGUACGUCUUGUUUAAAUGUUGUAAAGUUCAUAUUGUCAAUCGGUUCGACCUUAUGGACUGUGGUAAACAAACUCUCCCUGUAUAAGCUCGAAACCCGGGAAUCUCGGCAUUCUUUUUUAUCGACGUACAGCGAUAUCUUCC